CGAGCCCUGCCACGCCAGAUGGAGACAGUUGGAAGCGGCGGACGCAUCAUUACGCACACGAGCAGCUGCUGAACCACGGGCGAAAGGAAUAUUUAUUCAUCUUCAGGCCUGUGUACGAACUGUCUGGUCGCUCCCACCGCCGCUGAGUUGAAUGGAUACCGGGUGUUUCAGCGCGGCGCAGCGCCUUUCGUGCCACGCCAUGAAUGCGGAUUUAUUCAAGCCUGCUCCGGAGCGUGGAGCCCCGCAGCCCCCUGCCCCGGGGCGAGCCAGCAGGAACCGACCCGAGCAGAGCAGACCGGAGCUGGCUCAGGUGGUGACAGACUCCAAGACGGGGAGGUCAUACAGUAAAGGGAAGCUUCUGGGAAAGGGUGGCUUUGCUCGAUGCUACGAGAUGACAGACCUCUCCAGCAACAAAAUGUAUGCCGUGAAGGUGAUUCCCCAGAGCAGGGUGUCCAAACCACACCAGAGGGACAAGAUUACGAAUGAAAUCGAGCUGCACAAAACCCUGUCACACAAGCAUGUGGUGAAAUUCUCUCAUCAUUUUGAAGACCAAGACAACAUCUACAUAUUCCUCGAGCUCUGCAGUCGGAAGUCUCUAGCACACAUUUGGAAGGCCAGGCACACGCUCACGGAGCCAGAAGUGAGAUAUUACCUCAGACAGAUCAUAUCCGGCCUCAAGUACCUCCACAGCCGAGGCAUCCUGCACAGAGACCUCAAACUAGGCAACUUCUUUGUCAAUGAGAACAUGGAGCUGCGGCUGGGGGACUUUGGCCUCGCUGCCAAGCUGGAGACAGUCGAACAGAGGAAAAAAACAAUCUGCGGUACUCCCAACUAUUUGGCCCCCGAGGUGCUCAACAGACAGGGCCAUGGCACUGAGUCUGAUGUUUGGUCUCUUGGAUGUGUCAUGUACACGCUGAUGUGUGGCAACCCUCCGUUCGAGACUCUGGACCUGAAGGAGACGUACAAGUGUAUAAAGGAAGUUCGGUACAACCUGCCCGCCACGCUUUCCCCCGCCGCACAGAGACUCAUCUCGGGCAUCCUGCAGAAAAAUCCCAAUGACAGACUCUCGCUCGAUCAGAUCCUCAACCAUGAAUUCUUCACCAAAGGUUACACUCCUGAUAAGCUUCCUCCCAGCAGCUGUGAGAUGGUGCCAGAGCUCCACCCCCCGAGUCCUGCCAAGAAAUUCUUUGCUAAAAUGGCCAAGAGCUUCUUUGGCAAGAAGAAAUCGAAAGUGGAGAAGAUUCCAUGCGAGGAAAAGGACGACAAAGACAUUUCCAAGCUGGUGUCGGGCAUCGUCAAAUGUUCAAUCAACCGCCAGAUCAGUUACAAGACAGUGGGACCCAAUGAGGUGCCCUCACCCACUGGUCAGCUGGUCAGCUCCGUGCCUCUGGAACAAACUCCUGCUGAGGAGGAAUCCAGGAAAUCAAUCUCUCGCUCCUUCAAGGGCACCAUGGCCAGCAGCUCUGAGCCGUGCGAAGAUGCGCUGACCCCUGCUGCUGUUGCUGAAUCGGCCAUGAAGGUUCUCAAAAACUGCCUGGCCACCAUGCCUGCAGCCACCAGGAACCCACCAUGUUUGUCCAGACCACAGUCCUUCCUGUGGGUUACUAAAUGGGUCGACUACUCAAACAAAUAUGGUUUUGGCUACCAGCUGUCGAACCAAAGUAUCGGUGUGCUGUUCAAUGAGGGAACACAUCUCAGUCUAUGUGACCAACGCAAGACAGUUCAUUACUGCAUGACCAACAACAAACACUUCAGUUUUGCUGCUAACGCUCUACCUGAGCAGCUUCGCAGCCAGAAACAAAUUGUCGAGCUAAUGGCCAACUACAUGGAGGAGAACCUCAUGGAGGGUGGAGAUCUGCAUUGUGAUGAACAGGUCUCAGUUGCUCCUCCUCUGCUGCUCCAGUGGGUGAAGACUGACCACGCUCUUGUUAUGCUCUUCAACAAUGGCACUCUACAGGUGAACUUCUACACAGACCACACCAAGAUCAUCCUGUGCAAGUCAUCCGACGAUUCCUACUUACUCACCUACAUCAGCCGGGAACGCGUCUCAUACACUUACCUCCUCAGCAUGCUGAAUGAGAUGGGCUGCACCCCCGAGCUGCGACACCGACUCCGAUAUGUGGUGCAGCUGCUUCAACACCAUGCUGAUGCCUAAAAGCACAGCUCUGUGCCUCCCAGGCUGCCUGAGCGGCAGAUGCCUUAGAGGCAACCUGACUGGUUGACAGCUUUUCUUGGGCAGCCUGACUGGUUGAUAUCAUUUUUCAAGGCAACACUGGGAGGGGCAGACGCCUGUCCAGUUGAUGGAUGGAAGGUUGCUGCACUCCUGAGCAACAUUCUUGUCUUGACUAGUGCUUAGGCUGCGUUUUGUCAGUUACAUUAACCUUGAUGAACAUCAAGCAGUCAGGAAGUUGCCCAAUGCAGCAUCUGCCUCAAGGGUUUGUGCCUGUACAGCUUAUGCCUCAAAGGUAUCCACCUGGAAGGUACCGAUACCUAAAAUAAGAGACUCCUUAAUGGCCUGAGAUGACGGAUUCCUCAUGGGCAGAUGCCUAAAUGAACGCCCAAACUCGCAAUGACCUUCCUUCAAUCACUCGAAACCACCGCUUCUUGCUUGGAUCUUUUAAAGCCAUCCACCCAACCCUGCAGCUUUCAGCUUCCCCUGAUAGCCAAUAACCAAGGCAUGGUUUCUCAAAGGUAUCUAAACACUAAAACUGUCCCAUCUGCUCGUAACGGAACGAGGAUCAUCUUGCAGUUGGAAUGCUUUCAGACUCUAUUUUCCAGAAGUAUUUGAGCAGCAAGGUCAUGUAUGCCGUUGACUUGCACUGGACCUGUGAUCUUACAGCAGAGAUGCUUUGGGAAGAAGUGUGGUUUGAUUGGGGAAAGAGAGAGAGAGAGAGACCGUCCUACCCACAGUUGGUUUCUAGCCUCUUUGGAUUAUGGUGCACACAUUCAUUUUUCUCCUUUUUUAAACAAAUGACAUGAGCCAGCUAUAGGAUCACACUACGAUCUUGACCUCACAUGCACAAAUAACAUUCCUGGCCUUAUUUGAUGAUGGUGAUGCUAACGUUUAGAGAAUCUUGGCUUCUUCUGCUCCAACAUCACUUUCGUCUUUUUAUUAGUUAUUAAGACAAAUUUCACUGGCGUGGUACACAGCGUAUUAAAGGGGCUAGGGGAGCAACACAAUUUUGCACUUUUUUUUUUUUUCUCCUUUAAAUUCAUCUGGAAAGCAAAAACUUUUACUACCACUUUUUUUUUUUAUUUGCUUUUAACUUGAUACCAAAAGGCAUUUUCUUUGUUGGUUUUUUAAAAAUGAUUCAGUUUUAAAUUCACAUACAGUAGGUGAAAUGUGUGUGUGCCACACGUGUGCUGGUAAACAAAACUGUUGGAAUAAGAGGAUGGGGGGGUGGGGGAUAAAAGUGCCUUUCUGAGGGAUGUCUGUUUAGUGCAAUAACAACCCUUAGUGAAUGUCAUGCUGGAUACAAACAAGAUACGAGAUGGGUUUUACAAGUGGGAUUUACUUUUGUACUUUGAAUCGAGUUUAAAAGUAAAUCCACGAGCACUACACUCACUACCUGGUAUAAGCUUUUAGAACAACUAUUAUCUUAAGUAUAUAUCCCAGUAAUAUCUACUAUGGGGAAAAAAAAGAGAACAUUGUACUCCAUUGUACUGUACUGUAAUCCUUAUCGGUUUACAUUGCUUUCUCGACCCAGAGUUGUAUCCUAAAAACUGUGACGUGGAAUGCAAGUAUUGCGUACGUGUUUUUCAAAAAACCCAACAUUGUGAAAGCCAUCUGCCAAUUCAGAAAGAGUCUUUAUUUUUGGCACAUAAUGUCUUGUUUAUUUAUUUUUUAUUUAUACAUUUUUUUUAAUUUAUUGUGUAAAUGUUACGUCUUGACACAAGGAAUUCUGAUCACCUUUUGUAUGUAAUGUAUUUGGGGGAAAAUGGGACAAAAUAAAGUUUAUUGAAAAUUAA